GAUGACUGGAAGCAAGCUAUCAAAGUCCUGGGGGAUGUGGUGAAGGAUUGGAGCGCUGAAGAAGUAAAGCAGUUGAGGCAUAUUAUCCCCUACCUCUCAGCACACACCAAGCUUGUAGAAGCUGAAAACAGAGGGCUCCACACUAUAAUUACAGCACUAAAGCCCUCAAACAAGAAGCGGGAGAAGCUUGACCUGCAAUGACACAAGGAGUACAAUAGUGCAGCUGUUCUUUGGUCCCCUUGCAAGGUGCGAGAAGCUUGCUAUUGGAACCAAGUUAAUAAGCAGGAGCGACUUCAGAUAGAAGCUCAAAAGGCUCACAAUAAGGAAGUACAAGCCCAGAAGAAGCUU